AUGGGACCCCAGAGGCACUUUGUGGCAAUGAAGAAGAGGGAUAGGCGAACAUAUGUUCCAGUAAAACCAACAAUAAAAGCAAACAGGGACAAGGUGAUGAUCCUUCAUCCUGGUUUUCUGAAAUAUAUUCAAGAGCGCUGGCUGCAGAAACAUGGGAGAUAUCCAUCCACUGGUUUUAUUACACUCAUAUUUGCCUUGCACAUCUGUGACCAGGUGAGUGUAUUUGGGUUUGGAGCAGAUGAAAAUGGAAACUGGCAUCAUUACUUUGAACAAAAUAAGCAUCAUCGUAAUGCUGGCAAUCAUGGAGGAAGCUAUGAAUAUCGUAUUGCACUUAAGCUUCAUGAGAAAAAAGGAAUUCGGUUGUAUAAAGGAUGGUGACUGCAUUACAUUUCACAUUUAUUAAGUAUUCUUAAUAUUAUGCAUGGUCAAGACAUUUUUUUAAGUUCAUCAUGAACAAAACAAAGGCUAUUUAGAGGCAGCAUGCUCAGUACUCAGUACCACCUAAAACGCAUUGUUUUUCUCAAAUAAAUUUACAAACACACUGUGCAGGGUCAUGUUUUAACAUAAGAAUUGCCGUCAUUACCAGAUGGCAUACAUAUGUGAUUCUGAGUAGUAAUCAACAAGGAAUAGAUAUGUAACAACUAUUAUAACUGUAGGGAAGCCAACCAGUUGGAGUGGAAAGGGGGAAAGAUGUGCUGUACAAAAAAGUUGAUGCAAAAUUCAAAAUGGUGUUUUAUUGUAAGGUGCUAAAAUAUUUGCAGUGCAGGAGAAAAAACAAAAAUGAAUAAAAACUGUACAAAAAGAAAAUAAAACAGCAACAAUGUGCUAAUUUUGGCUAAAUCAAAUGGCCCAACGUUUGCAUCACUGCUCAGUAUAUGAGUUCACAAUCAGAACUGAAAUCCUUUCAGCCAGCAAGUCUAUUUAUAGGCUGAAGCUAACUAAUACAUUUGUAACAAUCAAUUUAAAUAAUAUAAACACCCAACACAACAAUUAAACCUUCCAAACAGCUAAAACAACAACCAUUAACAGAGGAAGAGUUUAACAACAAAUUACAUGACAAAAACAACCAAAUCCAAAAUCCCCCUCCUCUGACAUCACACCAAAAUGGUAUCUUCCACAGGAAGUGAUGUGGCCGUUGCUUUAAAAAACAGUUUAACCUGGAUUAUGGGGUUGGUUGUACAGAGUGUGAACCUGGAAGUUUAACUGCAAUAGGGUUUGUGGAAAA